AUGGAGGUUUCAAUUAUUGGUGCCGGGUUGUCCGGGCUAACGCUAGCCCUCGCACUGCAUGAGCAGGGUAUCCCGGCCGUCGUCUACGAGUCGCGCCCAGCACCAUUGGCCAUCGGAGGCGCAGUGAUGCUUUCCCCGAAUGCCUUGCGAGUCCUGGAUAACUUGGGACUGUAUUCGAUCGUAAAGGACAAGGGCUACAACUUCGACAUCCUCGAAUAUAAGAACGUGGACGGGGACAUUCUCGACGUCCAGGAAUUCGGCAGCCAAGAAAAGUACGGCUACCGGGGUCUCCGAAUCUACCGGCAUGUUCUCAUUGAUACGUUAGUCGAAACGCUGCAGAGCAAGGGCGUUGAGGUUCGGUACGGCCAUGCUUUCUCUCACGUCGUCGAGGAGACAGAUCAGGGUGUGACGUUUGCGUUCAAAGACGGCACGACGGUUUCUUCCACCAUUCUCGUGGGCGCCGACGGUAUCCAUUCCACCGUCAGGCGGUACAUUUAUCCCGAACUAGGAACCAAGUUUAUUGGCAUGGCGGGCAUCACCGCUGCCGUACCGACGAGCCAGCUGAAGCUGCCCGAGGGCUACCAUCUCCCGACUACCAUAAUGUCCCCCAAGGGAGCGUUCCAACGCGUGGCCGAAGGGUCGCACGCCAACUGGGAGCGCGAGUUCGUGGCGGAUAAGGAAGCCGGCUUGAAAUUCUUGCAGGAAGGCAACGACCACUUUCCCGAGUUUGUGCGCAACGCAGUAUCACAUAUUAGCCUGGACAAGGUCAACAAAUGGCCCUUUUUCGUCGUCCCGAGGCUGGAGAAAUGGGCGUCCGCGUCUCUCAAAGUCAUCAUUGUCGGGGACGCAGCACACGCCAUCCCGCCUUCGGCAGGUCAGGGAAUCAACCAAGCGUUCGAGGACGUCUACAUGCUAGCGCUUCUUGUCCGCCAAUCGAAGACGGCGGAGGAAAGUAAGGCGGCGCUCUCUUUCUGGCAGACAUACCGCCAGGAAAGGGUUGACAAGAUUUUGGAGCUCAAUAAGCAGAUUGACUUGCGCCGCAUGCCCAAUCCUGGGAAUGAGGCAGGAGGUCAAACGGACAAGUUACCAUUCGAGCUGGGAUGGCUAUAUGAGCCGGACUUCAAGGGCAUUGUCGACGAAUAUGUGAAUAAGUCUAAGAAUUGA